AUGGCAUCCCCACAACCCCCAUUCGGAGGAGGAUCCAACUCCAACUCCAACACCGCUUCCCCUUCCAACAACCUCUCACCAACAGCCUCCCCCCUCCUCGAAGGCCGCGAUUCGCCCAACCUACCACUAACCAUGACCGCCUCCACGGUUCUGAUGACGCUUCCGCGGGACGCCACCGCCGCCCUCGCCGAAGCCGGGAAGUUUGGCCAGGAGAAAGUGGUGAUACGCUUCAAACCGGUCGGGUCGGCGCCCGCCCUCCGCAGGGAGCAGGUCAAAGUGAGCAGCACGGAAAGGUUCGAUACGGUGAUGACGUACAUAAGAAAGACGCUCAAGUGCCGGGAGUCGGACAGCGUGUUUUUGUAUGUGAAUAGCGUAUUUGCGCCGGCGCUGGAUGAGGUUGUGGGGAAUUUGUGGAGGUGCUUUAAAGAUUCGACGAACCAGUUGAAUGUUUCUUAUUCGAUGACCCCGUCUUUUGGACGUGCUUGGCUGCCUUCUACGGUUGACGUCCUCGAGCUCCUUUUGGAGUUAUCGCUCAGACGACUCUCGCUACUCGCCAUGGUUAGAAGCACCGAGGGAAAGAAGGCGAUUCGAACCCCGACAAGUAGAACUCUGAGUGGCGGCGGAUAUGACUACUUGCUCUGGACCUGA